AUGUCGAAAGUUCACGACAUUCCCCGAUUCGGUGGUUCAAGCCACGUCAGAGCCAACUCAAACCCCGCUCGGCCAAACCCUUUCCAGACUUCCCCAAAAGAGCGAGGUGCAAUGAGUGAUCUAUCAACACUUUCGCCAGUGGUUCUGGCAACGUUGACACCAUACAAGGGCCAUGUCGAAGAUGUUAAGCGCGAGUUCGCGUCUUUGGCCCAAUGCUACUAUUGGCUGUAUCCGGAAGGUGACCCGGAUUCAAUCCACGUCAUUGAGAUCUAUGAUGGCAACAAGGGAAUUGAUGUCCACGCCUGUGGCGAGUUGACGUUUGAUACCUUUCGCAGGACUUAUGAGUAUGGCAUUCGGGUAGACUUGGAGGGGUUGCGGCGCCGAAGAGAUAGAUUACCGCCCAUUCCCAAGAACCCGAACGUUGAAGAACGAGGACUCGUCUGCGACUAUCUGGAGCCUGUCGCGGAAGUCAAGGCUUUUAUGGGAUCUCCUGAACUUGACGAAAAGCAAGUCACUCGUAUUACCUCUUUCCAGACAGCGGAUACCAAUGCAAAGGAGGUCACUCAAACUCUUGUCGACUUUGCAUGCCUAGCGAAAGAAACAGCAAAGAUUGAAACAUUUUGGGUCCUUCGAGACUUGAAAAUUCCGAGAAAUUAUAAAAUCGUAACGAGAUUCCUCUCCAAGGCUCAAGCGGAAGAGUUUGACAAGAUUGAAGAGGUUCGGAAAUUGAACAACGCGCUACAAGCGCUCACCGAAUCGUCGGAAGAGGUCCAAUGCAAAUGGGCGAUUCAAGGCUUCUUCUUGAAAGAAUAA